AGUUGAAUUCUGUUUUCAGCUGAAAUUAAGUUUCGAACGUAAACACAGAAACCACACGUUCCCAGUGAUGAUACGGGAUGACUUACCGACAAUUAAUGAGACGCUUGAUGCUAUAGAGUCUGCUGACUUCUUAGUCAUUCUAGGCGGAAGUAAAACAUACACUUUACAUUGGACUAAUUUCAUACCUACACCUCUUUCCAUAUACAGUGAUGGUUUUGAAAGAGAUAAGAAUGUUCGAUUCGGUGUUUGUCUACCAAUGGAAGCAAAGUUUGACUUGUAUACAUACUCACCGAAAUAUCUUCCUGAUAUCAAUCACUGGACAAAAGCAUCGUCCCUUCAAGAACUUGACUCGACUAAAGAUGGAACAAAAUAUUACCAUGACACAAACACAGGAAUGUUGUACCUAAACUUCGUACAUGAACGAGUACGACAUGCAAACGAGACAAAUGCAUGUCCUGGCGUUUGCCCUAUGGUAACAAUUAAAAUACUCCAGGGUAACUUGAAUGACGGUGAUUGUAGAUCAAGGUUAUAUCAUUCACGACGAUCUGAUAAUAAUAGAGCAAUCACAAUUCCAAAUGACACUCAACAUUUUGGUGCAACAAUGAAACAUCCUCCAUCGAACUGGGGAGCUGGACCGACUAAACCUUUCAUCAAUCGUAUCCCAGUUAAUGGUGGGUGGGGAAAAUGGACAAAUUGGGGAUCAUGCACGCUGACAUGUGGUGGUGGCCAACAAGGACGUACCAGGGCCUGUGAUGCACCAAGACCAGCACACGGAGGUCUAACCUGUCAGGGGAACACGAGAGAACAACGCCCGUGUAACCAGUUGCAUUGCCCGGUCGAUGGAGGGUUCUCGCAGUGGUCGCGAUGGUCAACAUGUAUUAAAUCCAGUGGUUGCCAAGGGUACAAGAAGCGCACACGCACAUGCACAUCACCUUCGCCGAACUACGGUGGUCUUUAUUGCCACGGUUCCGAUGAUGAAGUAGAAACAUGUCUUGUCUGUUAACUCAUUAGAUUUGCAAUAUAUUUUACCUUGAACUACCUCACCCUGUGUAUUUUUCU